GCGCUCGUUCGCGCGGCCGGCUGCGUACAGUAGUGACGGCCGCGCGGGAGCGGUCACAUGACCACAGCGGCUGCCUGUACAGUAAGAACCCAAUAUGGCAGCGGCGUUAGCAGUGGCAACAGCAGCAGGACCGGCCGCCCCGUAGACCCCCCCCCUCCCACUGCGCGCCUCCGCGGCCGCCGCUUGGCUGAGUUGCUUCUCCGCUCCGACUUCCCCUUUCUCCCACCUUUCCCGGCACCGCGGGAAAAGCAGUGCAGGGCGCAGCAAGCAAGGGAAGGCAGCCGGAGCCGGGGCACGGAAGCCUCCCAGUCAGUUCAAGACCCGACAUGAGGGAAAAGGGCCGUAGGAAGAAGGGCAGGACCUGGGCGGAGGCCGCCAAGACGGUCUUAGAAAAAUACCCCAAUACACCCAUGAGUCAUAAAGAAAUUCUUCAAGUUAUUCAGAGAGAAGGACUAAAGGAAAUCAGAAGUGGGACUUCCCCUCUUGCAUGCUUAAAUGCAAUGCUGCAUACAAACUCCCGAGGUGAAGAGGGCAUCUUCUAUAAAGUCCCAGGUAGAAUGGGAGUGUAUACUUUGAAGAAAGACGUGCCAGAUGGCGUGAAAGAGCUGUCAGAAGGUUCAGAAGAAAGCAGUGAUGGUCAGUCAGACUCUCAGAGCUCUGAGAACAGCAGCAGCAGUGAUGGUGGCAGCAACAAAGAGGGGAGAAAGAGCAGGUGGAAGAGGAAAGUAUCAUCUAGACUGUCACAGCCAUCCUCUCCCCAGUCAGGCUGCCCAUCACCCACCAUCCCAGCAAGUAAAGUCAUUUCUCCAUCACAGAAGCACAGCAAAAAGGCAUUGAAGCAGGCCCUAAAACAGCAACAACAGAAGAAGCAGCAGCAGCAGUGCAGAUCGAGCAUGUCCAUCUCCAAUCAACACCUCUCUCUCAAGACCGUCAAAGCAGCCAGUGACCCUCUACCUGCCAAACCUGCCCUAUGGGAAGGAAAACAAUCUGAUGGGCAGUCAAACAGUCCCCAGAACUCAAACUCCAGCUUUUCUUCUUCAGUCAAAGUGGACAGUUCUCUUCUAGGCUUGGGGAAAAAGUCGUUCCAGAGGUCUGACAGACUCCACACAAGACAAAUGAAAAGGACUAAAUGUGCUGACAUUGAUGUUGAGACACCUGACUCCAUUCUGGUUAAUACUAAUCUUCGAGCACUGAUUAACAAGCACACCUUUUCAGUUCUCCCUGGAGACUGCCAACAGCGCCUGCUUUUACUGCUUCCAGAGGUGGAUCGACAGGUUGGUCCAGAUGGUUUGAUGAAAUUGAAUGGUUCAGCCCUUAACAAUGAGUUCUUCACUUCUGCAGCUCAAGGCUGGAAGGAAAGGCUCUCAGAAGGUGAAUUUACCCCUGAAAUGCAGGUGAGAAUUCGGCAAGAGAUUGAGAAGGAGAAGAAAGUAGAGCCAUGGAAGGAGCAAUUCUUUGAAAGCUACUAUGGUCAGAGUUCUGGCUUAAGCCUUGAAGAUUCACAGAAAUUGACAGCUUCCCCGAGUGAUUCCCAAGUAAAGAAAACUCCAACUGAGCAACCAAAAUCCAUAUUUCCUUCAGAGUCCUCUCCUGUCAGAAUCAUCCCAGUAGUUCCCCAGUCAGAGUGUAAGCAAGAAGCAGUGCAAAUACCAUCACCAGUUAGAAAAGAAGAAAGCCAAGAUGAGGCACAGCCAGGCUCUAAAUCCCCAGAACCUGUCCUUGAAUCAGCCAGCAAUACAAAUGAGCUUAUCACCAUUAAGUCUGUCAAGUGCCCUAAGGAUGAGGGGCUCUCAGAGCAGAAGCCACUUGUCUGUGCUGAACAAGAGUCUGAGAAAGAAAAUCAUAUCACCACAACUUCUAAUUAUAGCAAAAGUGAGAACCAAGAAGUGUCAGCUAUAUCCCCAAGCAAAUCUAAAAAUGCUGGGUUAGAAAAACCCAUAACAAAGCCUGUUGCAGAAGCAGGUCCACUGGUCCCCGAUGUGAAGAUGCCUCCUGCAACUCUUACUGAUCAGGUCGCAGAAAGUUUAAAAAGGAAAUCUUCUCUUAUCCAAGAAGAGACCACUAGCAGCUGGGAGAAAAGACCACGUAUCACUGAGAAUCAACAGCACCAGCAGCCAUUUCAGGUCUCACAACAGCCCUUUCUUAAUAGAGGGGACAGGGUCCAAGUGCGAAAAGUACCACCUCUCAAGAUCCCGGUCUCCAGAAUCUCCCCGAUGCUGUUUUCUACAUCGCAGGUCUCUCCCAGGGCUCGUUUUCCAAUCUCCAUCACUAGUCCUUACAGAACGGGAGCCAGAACUCUGGCAGACAUCAAAGCAAAAGCCCAGUUGGUCAAAGCACAAAGGGCAGCAGCUGCAGCAGCCGCUGCAGCUGCUGCAGCCGCCUCAGUUGGAGGGACCAUUCCAGGACCUGGCCCUGGGGGUGGACACAGUCCAAGAGAGGGUGGAGAAAGAAAAACUGAUAGAGGAGGGAGUCCAGGCUCAGAGAGAGCCAGUACAACUGGAAAGGGUCUCACACUGGAGCUGGCAGGACCUGGAAGCAGGGGAGGUACGAGAGAGCUUUUACCCUGUGGUCCCCAACUUGAGACCAAUACAUCAGGCCAAGCACAGCCUCCUGGUGUCUUUGGAGCACAACUACAGCAAACCUCCUCAGUGCCUACAGCACUUGCCAUCAGUGGAACAUGCACAAGCAUCCCAUUCCCAGCCCACAUAGAGAAAUCAAACAGUGAAACGCUGAACCCCCCCAAGGCAAUAGCCACAGCACUCUCUCCUUGCCACCCUCAAGACCCAAGUAGUUGCAGACAGGAGAAAGCUUGUCCAGAAGGGCCUGCUCUGACCUCAAGAGCUUCACAUGUUUGUUUUGUAGUUGAUGGCACAGUUGAGCCCAAAGCAGGCCCUAGUAAGAAUGCACCAAAGCCUUCAGCCUCAGCAAAGGGGGAUACUUCUGCCCGACUGGAAAUGACUCCUCCUCCUGUAGCAUCCUUGUUGACAGCAGCCAGCUUAGAAAAACUCUCUGUGCCCCAGGUCAGUGGAACUGCACCAUCUGCUGCAUCAGCUUCAUCCUCAAGCACUUUGACAACAGCUUCUAGCCUUAAAACCCCAGGAACUUCUGCAAAUAUGAAUGGACCCAUUUCAAGACCAAGUUCUAGUAUCCCUGCUAAUAACCCUUUAGUUACUCAGCUGCUCCAGGGCAAAGAUGUUCCCAUGGAGCAAAUUCUGCCUAAACCUUUCACCAAAGUUGAAAUGAAAACAGUCCCACUGACUACAAAAGAGGAGAAGGGGAUAGGAGCAUUCCCUGGUACCAAUGUAAUAGAAAGUAGCACCAGAGAGGAAGCUAAUGGCAGGCAGGCCUAUCUGGCCAUCCCUCAACUGGGGAAACCCUUGCAGAAUAAGCAGCUUCCCCAGGUCUCAAGGCCUGUCUUAGAAGCUAAGGACCUGAGGGACUCUUGCAUUGACACUCACCAAUACCCAGAAGGACUAAGUAAAACAAGUCAAGAUGAGCUUUUUCAGACUCUCAUCCAGAGGACUCAGAGACAGAGUGUUCUUUCGUUUGUGCCACCCUCUCAGUUCAGCUUUGCUCACUCAGGGUUCCAGGUGGAUGAUGUAUCCACAAGCCAGAAAUUCAUGUUGGGCUUUGCUGGCAGAAGGACAUCCAAGCCUGCAAUGGCAGGUCACUAUUUACUCAAUAUUUCUACCUAUGGCCGGGGUUCAGAGAGCGUUAGGAGGACCCAUUCUGUAAAUCCUGAGGAACGAUUUUGUCUAAGUAGCCCCACUGAAGACUUGAGAAUGGGAUAUGCAGAUUGUAAAAACACAGCUGGAGACAGCAGCAGCAGCAAAGAAGAUGAAACCGAUGAAGAGAGUGUGGGUGAUGAGCAGGAGCUUGUGUCAGUGAAGGAGGAGCCCUGGGCUUCUCAGAGUUCUGGCAAGCAUCCCCACAGUGGGGAGACUCCGUCCACCAAUGACUGUUUAGCUGGCAAGAAUGGAAAAGCUGAGGCACAAAUGAAUGAGCAAACCACUUUAGGCAAGGAGAAUUACAUAUUCUCUAGAAGCCAAAAAACAUUUGAUGAAAAGACCCUAACCAGAGAUUUUAUUCAGGUGGCACAUAAACAGAUGGCUCAUGCUGUGAGAAAUAAGACAGUGUGUAGCAGCCCUGAGCUUUUCAAUUCUACUGCUCUUUCUCUCCCUGCAGACAGUCCCACACAUCAGCCUCUACUCCUCCCACCACUGCAAACCCCCAAAUUGUAUGGAAGCCCCACACAGAUAGGGCCGAGUUACAGAGGCAUGAUUAAUGUCUCCACCUCAUCAGACAUGGACCAUAGCUCUGCUGUCCCAGGUAGCCAAGUAUCUAGCAAUGUAGGGGAUGUUAUGUCAUUUUCAGUGACUGUCACUACCAUCCCUGCUAGCCAAGCUAUGAAUCCCAGCAGCCAUGGCCAGACAAUUCCUGUUCAGGCUUUUCCUGAUGAGAACAGCAUCGAGGAUGCACCCUCAAAAUGUUACUGCCGGUUGAAAGCCAUGAUCAUGUGCAAAGGAUGCGGAGCUUUCUGUCACGACGACUGCAUUGGCCCCUCCAAACUGUGCGUCUCCUGCCUUGUCGUUCGGUAACAAGACUGCAGUGUAUGCAAAGGAGGGAAGGAAGGGUAGCUGUGACCAGAUGUGUUCUUGCACCCUUUUGAAGUCACAGAAAUAAAGUUUCAGUUGUCUCCAGAGACGUUAAUCAGGAGCGCAGAUGCAGGUCUUCACAUUUGCAGGAAGAGCACCUUGUGUAGUAAGCCUUGAGUUCAAGGAGGACUAUGAAUUGGUGACAAGUUUGCACUUAAAAAUCAUGUAAAUAUGUCACAUUUUGUUUUAACGUUGUUUUCCAAGUAUUUAGGUAAUGAUGUGUUAACUUUACAUUCAGAUUUAUGUUCCAUUUCUUUUGGCUCUGAAAUGGUAUGCAUGGUGAAAGGGAACUGUCUGUCUCUGACCUUUCCCAGGCUGAGGAAAAGGACGAUGUGGUCAGAAUGUGAGUGACCAUCAUGCUGAUUAUGUCUUCACAGGCUGACUGCAGGUCCUUCACAGAUAGCAUGCCUUUGUGGGAUAUAGAUUUGGGGUUUACUCAUUCCUUUGCUUUAGGCAGUACCAUUCUAAAUGAACUUUUUUAAAAAGAUAUUCACAUCCCAGACAGUGUUUUUGAUCCUGACAGUCCUGACUUAGCUUUUGACUUCCGUGAAUCAGUGCUAUUGUCAAGCCGAGCUCUGCUGUUGCCUUCACGGUGGGUGCUAUUUAAGAAGGGUCUGCCUCUAAGGGACUCUAUAAUCAGUCUAGUCUGUGCAUGGCAUUAGUUCCAGCAAUAAUACAUCCUGACACUGCAUCAUUCAUGGGCUCCCACAAAUAGGUCUGAAAUACCAGUGUAAAAUAAAAUGCACAAACACAUUAGUGGUGUGUGUGUGUGAGAGAGAGAGAGACAGAGAGAGAGAGAGAGACAGAGAGAGAGCGAGAGCUGUGUCUUGUUGGUAAAGGGGAAUAGGGGAAUGAAACUGAAACUUAGCUUGAGGAAUUUGGAAGAAUGAUUUUUUUUUUUUUUUUUUUUUUUUUUUUUGGUUUUUCGAGACAGGGUUUCUCUGUGGCUUUGGAGGCUGUCCUGGAACUCACUCUGUAGACCAGGCUGGCCUCGAACUCACAGAGAUCCACCUGCCUCUGCCUCCUGAGUGCUGGGAUUAAAGGCGUGCGCCACCAACGCCCGGCUUGGAAGAAUGAUUUUAACACUGGACACAAAGUAUUUUCUUUUCCUGUUCUCUCUCAAACCAUUUCAGGUAGAAAUACUGUUUAGUGGGACGUCUUUUCUGCUUUGACAUCCAGGCAUGAGAGAUGAAUCCAGUAAUCCUAUGCCAUCCUUCAUAUUUACAUCCAUACACAGAGAAAAAAGACAGUUUGCUAUUUUAUAAGUAAGUCUGCUACUCUAGAGUUUAUGCUGUCCUGGAUAGCCAAGAUGCCUGGUGUGAAAGAGCAUUCAUUAUGAGUGACUUACUGAAUGCUGGCUGUGAAAUUUUGCAAUUUUUCUUUCCUUUUGAUUACUAUUCUUAAAAUCCUUCUCCCAAGUCUCUGGAGGCAGAUGUAGGCUGAUCUGAGUUCCAAGGCCAGCUUGGUCUUCAGGACAGCCAGGACUAUAUAAAGAAACCCUGUCUCCAAAAACAACCUAGAUAAAUUUUAAAAAGUCUGUUUCAAAACAAAACAAAAUCAAAAAAACCUUCUCUAGUUGGUGGACAUGGUGACACACACUUUUAAUUGCAGCAAUUGCGAGCCAGAGAGUUCUUAGAGAGUUCAAGGCUAGUCUGGUCUACAUAGCAAGUUCCAGGGUAUACAGUGAGACCUCUUUAAAACAAAUACAAAGAACUAGUGACAAACUUUAAGCAAAUACUUUUUAAGUUACAGUUAUAGACAGUUAAGGAAAACAUCAGUUUUUAGUAUCAAAUCCUCAGUGUGUAUUGUUUGAUUUCAAGUCUCCUAAUUUGAAGUAUGUGUUAAAAUAUUGCAGCCCAGUACAGUUGACUUUCAAAAGCUACUCAUAAAACUCAGGACAGUUUAACCCUGUUAAUUACAUCACAGGUAAGGAGGCAAUACUUUGUUUUGCCUGCCUUGUGCUCAUCCCUGGGUAUCCAACUUCUUACAUCACACUCAUGUGCUUCCUCAGUCUUUGCUCCAAACUCUGAAACUCAUGUUUCAUUUAUCUUUCCUGCUCUUGUGGCCCUAAACAAUUACAGGCUCAAAUUUUGUGUUUCAGAGCCAGUCAAGACAGUGUGAUGUCUUCCUGUCCUCCCUUUAUCCCAGUAAAUGCACAGCUAAGAGAAAGGAAAGACUGUGAGGAUUCGGGGUUAAGGACUGCAUGUUCUGAAGUGAAGGACUAGUAGGAAAAAGAAGCCAGGGUUCUGCUCCCAAACCUUCAGGACCUUGGGUAGUCCCCAUGGGACUUUAAAAGACCCAUAUCUGAGUAGUCUGCUUGUCUAGCCUGCUGCAAGAGGGUGAGUGAUGCAGAAUGGACUUGGUGCUCACUGUCAGUGGCUGGUUCGUAAUUGGUGAAAGUAAUUUCUCUACUUUCUACCUUGCUAGAAAGGUUUUGCUCCAUGGUUUGGUUAAUGUGAGAAUGGGUGGACAUUAGGGACUGUCAGGUCUAUUUAAAGAGGAAACCAGCUAAUUUGCAUUCUACUAUUCCAAAAGCAGAACACUGCCUCAGACUUGACAAGACACAUAUUAAGUGUGAAUCUAUUUAAAUGAUUUGUUUUAAAACAUAGCUUCUGAUAGAAGAACGUUCAUCUUGUAAAUGAACAGAAAAAAUUGUCUGGCUCUUUAAGUUGAUUUUGGUACUCUAGUACCUGUUAGCACAAUUUUUUUUUAUCAUAGCUUUUUAGCUAUUUUACCUUUAAAUCAACUCUGAAAUGGUUCAAUAAGUGUUAAGUUUAUUCUUUGGGCUCUAGGUGGCAAUUUCCAGUGAGCUUUAAAUACCAUUCCUGAUCCACAUGCCAAUAUGUCCCUCCAGCCCUCACUGAAGUCACUUCUGCAACAAGUUCUCUGGGAGAAUAUUGGUGAUAUGUUAUCUUGGGGUAAUUUUUUUUAAGUGUUCUGAGUUGCCUAAAUAGAACACUCCCUGAAUUAUAAAGGAUUUUUUUAAAAAAUCAGAAUUUAUCCUAUUCAUUUAAGGGGGGGCACAAGUAACCUGGAAUUUUUUGCCCUGCUUCAGUUCCUUAACCCCAGUGCUCAAGACACAGUGUUUGAUGUAGCAUUUUUUAAAAGUAAGAGCUGGCAAAUGAGGAGCUUUUCUUCGGGUGGGAAGGCUGCGCUUUCCUGGGUAUACAGAUGUGGAUAUUUGAGAGCCUGUCUCAGAUGUAGAUUAACAGACCUCACUGCCUUCCAGGUGGAGGUGCGAUGCCCUGCGUAGAACAGGCCCAUCAGUUACCAUUCUGAUUGCUCCAUACUGCCUUUCUCCACUUUAGAAAAUCUCAAUGAGCUCUUUGGUUAAAUGGGUCGCUAGAAUAAGGGACUUCCUCUGGUCAUUAUACUGCUAUUUGUUUUAGAGCUCAUUGCUAAUGAGCAGUGUCAGUUGUUUUCUCUCUGACUUCACAUCAUAACAAGGAGAAGGAAGCUUCCCAUUGCAACACAAUAGAUAAUUGGAAAGCUUGGCCAUGGGUAGUUUGUAGCUCAAUUUAUAGAACAGUCCAAAGAGACUUCUUGAAACAUGACAGGCAGGGACCUUUUCCUAUGUGUUUCAAUACCUACAUACCUAUUGAACAAAACAGUAGGUAGACAUUUCCUAAAGUUGAAGCAAUAGCUUCAUAGAGUCUUGGUUACUUUAUUUUUUUUAAUGCUUUACAUUUGAUACAACUAUUAAAGAUCAAUUUUAAAAUAACUUUCCAGUAAUAUAUUUUAAGUAAUAUAUUUUAAUAUCUAUGUAAAAAGUGACAGUGGAAGACUGAAUUUCUCAUAUAUGGUAUGUUUAAUGUAGGAUCUCAACUGUUAAGGCACAAAUUAUUUCAAAGGAGUUACUCUAAAAACACUCAGAUUAUUUACCCCCCCAAAAGAAAAAUGCAAUAAGGGGAAUGAUUUGGGGGGUCUUUAUUUUUUAUUUUAAAGGAAAAUUGACUUAUUUACCACAAGCUAUUUUUCCCUCUCUGGUGAUAAGGUUUGUACAGACUGGUUUGGUAAAUUCUAAAUUUUUGUGUCUUUUGCCUUUUUAAAGGAAUUGUUAACAUUGGAAUUGAGGGUAUGUACAGAGAAGUUGGUGUCGACGCCAUUUAAUAAGUCAUAUUUUUUCACAAAUAAGGAAAAAUCAUUUUAAUAAGAAUUUUAAGUAUUUGCAAUAAAUAUAUGUAUAUAGAUUGUAUGUAUUCAUAUAUUAUUUUUCAUUUUAUUAUUAAGUAAAAGAUAAUUAAAAGUGAAAUUUAAAACCUUGUAGUUUUUUUGAUGAAUCUUGAGAUCUGACAUCUGGAUGUGACAUGGGGAAGGGCCCUCAAAUAGUUGCCUUAAACAGUUAUGGUAGUGUCACCACAGACUGGGAAGAGGAACUUGACCAUAAGUCAGGGUAGUGUAUUUCACAACUUAAGUAAAAAUAUUAAAACUUCACCGCUUAUCUGUCUUGUGUUUUUACCCUCAUCUGUUCUUUCUCUUAACCAUGUAAUAUCACUAGAAGGGUGAGAUAAACGGUAGUCUCUUGUAGCAAGCCUGUGGUUUCUUGUAGCACCAAAUGAGCUAAAGAGAUGUUAGGGGAAACGGGCUUUUUAUAUAUCAAUUGACGCUUUGUUAAACAUUGCUCCCACUACAUACCAAGCCCUGGGUAUGUUGAAGAACUAUUAUCCUCUUAAAGAUACAAAAGGCUUGUUUUCUGUUGCCCAAUCAUUAUUCCAAGGUGAGUUUCAUAGCCAAAUUCAUGGCCUGCUUGAUUGAUCUAGGCAGGUCAAAUACUACAUCUGUGUCAGAGAACGUCUGUGCUUGAUUAGGCUCUGUUUCCAUGUGGUUGUGAGGAUGGCUUGUAUCAAGAAGAGUAUUUAGGGAAGUGAGCAGUAGCAGAAUAUUUGAAGUUAAUUAUCUUUGGUACCACGACUGGAUUACUGUUGAAUCAAAGAAGUCACUUGUGGUUGAAAAAUAAAUGGGGAGAACAGAAUAUCUACAUAGAGGGUCUUAGAGAUAAAGGUAGAUCUCCUGUUGUAUAACAUAGGUAGUGAAGGACAGAGAUGGAGUUCAGUGAUAAAAUUACCUGCUCUUCCUGAGUGCUGGGAUUUUAAAAAGUAUCUUUUGAGUCCAACAUCUGAAUUACGGCAUAAAACAUUGAAGUUCAGCCAUCCAAGAGGUCUAGAGAUCUCAGUUGCCAGUAUUAUAUAUAAGUAACAAAUUUCUCAUGAGGACCUGACUGCAGGACCCCUGUGAUACCAGUUCUAGGGAGUGAAGCAAGACUCAUCUGGAGGUUUCCUGGCCAGUUAAGCUCCAGGUUCAGUGAGAAAACCCUUUCUCAAAAAUAAGGUGGAGAAUCAACCUCUACAAGUGUCCAUGCAGGCAAGUGCACUUGAAUACAUAUGUUUGCACAAACAAAAGGAAAUUCUGUGAACUCAGGGAACAUGUAUUUGUGUCAUAAUUCCUACUCAUGAAAGCAACGAUAGUGAGAUAAUUCCCAUUUUUAAGCUGGGCAUUGGUGGCACACGCCUUUCAUUCCAGCACUCAAGAGGCAAAGGAAGGUGGAUCUCUGUGAGUUCGAGACCAGCUUGGUCUACAGAGCAAGUUCCAGGACAGCCUCCAAAACAGAGAAACCCUGUCUAAAAAACAAUAAAUAAAUAAAUAAAUAAAUCCCAUUUUUGUAGCAGUACAUAUUGAUCUCAGUCCCAUAGUCACGUGAUAUAGGACUCUAUUUACUUUCCAGAGUCUUGGAAACCUAUGUUCAUUAUGUUUUACACUACUUUAUUUCAACUGGUUUUCAGUCACAUUGAACAUUGCUCAGCUUUUAUAUACAAACCCUGUUACUUAAAUAUUUAUUGGGUGCUUUUUGUGUGCUCAAUGUUGCCAAAGUGCUGAAUAUACGAGGAUAAGACAAAUUCACCUAAACAGUUCUUCCUAAAAUGCAACCCUGCAGCACUGGCUAUAGAUUUUAGUAUCCAAAAGAAGUAUAAGUGAGUUGAUCACUGAACAAAGCAGUAGUGACAUGAAAAAAAGUGUCAUUGGAUGGAAGCAGCCAACGUAGACCUAAGGGACCACAGUAAUAAGAUGUACCUUUUGGGAUCAUUGGAGUGUAGAGAGGUAAAGUGAACAGCUAGGGCACACACAACUUUAUGGAAGUUUUAAACGUUGAGUUUCAUAUUCUUGCUGAGAAGAAACAGUCCCUUCAUUUGAAAUCUUGUGUCCUUGUUUUUUCUCCACAGUGGAUGGAUAGGAUCACUUUAAUAAGUAAUCUCAAUAUUGUAGAAUUGCCCUUAAGCCACUGAAUGAAAAUGCACUUCAACCUCUUCUUCCUUAGGCCCCAGUCCUAAUUCUCUAGGCCUUUCUGGGAGGUAAAAAGUCAUGGUCAGUACUUGCUCUUGAAUUUUCCUCACCUCUUGUCUUUAACUAGAUAUUUGGGUUCACAAUCUGAUUUCUGUAUGCCAAAAUAUCUGUAUCUACACUUCAAAGGGAGACUCAGUGUAUUUCACCAAGCUCUGUCCAGAACUCUUGCUGCCCUUGGGACAUCUCACAGUAUUUCCCUAUACAGUAGUUUCACCCUUCCCACCUAAGAUGGGGAGUUCCCAGAAGGCUUUUAGAACAGGAAAAAGGAGCCCUGAAAAGGCCAGAUGGUCAGUUGUGGAGGCCGACUGUGACUAGAUGGUGGCUUCUCCCGAGAGGAGUCUCAUUUUCUUGUUCUUGAUACUUGAAGCUGAGGGGUAGAAAUAAAAAUCAAAAGUUGAUUUUCAUCUUAACUGCAAAACUUAAAGGAUCCCUUGGGGAGAAGAGGGGUAAACCCAAGAUGGGUUUUUUUUUUUUAAUGGGCUCCAGUAAAAUUUCAGUUGAGUGCCUUAAGGACUUUUAAAAGAUCACGGGUUCAUUUAACAUGAGUCACCAAGAGUGUUGCAUGGAAUUUGCUAUGGGACAUGGAUGAAAAAGCUAGUUUUCUGUGAAUAAUGACAGCUUUUGCCACAAGUCAGGGCUUUGGGCUAUGUGUCUGUAUCUGAACUUCAUGAACUAUUAGUCCAACUGAAGCCAACACUCAAGUUUUAUUAAAUUUAAUCAAGAUGCUCAUGAAAUUGGACUUUUCCCCUUCAAGUUAGCAAUUCCUUUGCAGUCAGGUUUUCAGGCAGUAUUAACGUUUGCAGACUUCAGGAGUGACCCUGCUGAGCCCUGUCACUUCAACAUCUAAAAUGGAACUGUGCCAGAGUCACUGGUCCAUCACGAGUGGUCAGUGGAAGGGAUGAGGGUAUGGUCACAUGCCUGAAGUUCCUGACAGCUGGCAGGUGAAGGCUGCAAGAUGAGCUCAAGAUCAUCUUCAGCUGUGGCAAGUUCAGGACCAGACUGGGCUACAUGAGACCCUAUCUCAAGAGGGAAUCCCCUGGGCUGGGAAUAUGAUGCUUAGUCAAACUGUUCUUGAAAAAAAUGUAUAUUUCUUGAAUAUAUGAAAGAUCUAGAGUACACAACAAAUGAAUCUCUACAAGUUAGAAAGUGUUCUGUAGCCGUAAGUGCUUCGGUGUUUUUAGACCUCCUAACUAGGUUAGUUUCUACAGCACACUUUUCACCAGCAGCAAGAGUCAGAACAGAAGAGAUGGGCUUAGCAUUACUUGCUGGCUGAAAUCUUUGUGCAUAUAGUCCUCAGCGCUUUGACACAGUCUGCCUUUCAACUCCACACUAUCGUCCUUUCACUUUCUACUCUUCUUUUAUUGGUACUGCAGAAGCUGUCUUCUUGAAUGUAUGUAUGGUUCUGUCUUAAUGACUCUUGUUAAAUAAAGGCAUAAAGUUUUACUCUA